GUGUCCUUGGCCUUGUAAGGCAGGUUAUCAGGGGUUAUAUAUUUCAUCCCUGCCUUCCCUGCAGGUCUAGCAGCUGCUUCAUCUUCACCUGGCCUCUGUUGAUCACUGACCUAUACUCUGAAUUUUGAGCUCACCUGUAGUCUGCGCUGAACUCUCCGUGCAGCCAUGGGCGAUGCAGAGAUGGCUACGUUCGGUGCAGCUGCGUCCUACCUGAGAAAGUCAGAGAAGGAGCGCAUGGAGGCUUCCACACGUCCCUUCGAUAUCAAGAAGGAAUGUUUUGUCCCAGAUCCGGUGGAAGAGUUUGUGAAGGCAACCAUCACCAGUAGGGAUGGAGACAAGGCCACUGUAGAGACACAGAAUGGAAAGACUGUGACUGUGAAAGAGUCGGAUAUUCUGCAACAGAAUCCGCCAAAGUUUGACAAGAUUGAGGACAUGGCCAUGCUGACUUUCCUCCAUGAGCCAGCUGUGUUGUUUAACCUCAAAGAGCGUUACGCAGCAUGGAUGAUCUACACCUACUCUGGGCUCUUCUGUGUGACUGUCAAUCCAUACAAGUGGCUGCCAGUCUACAACCAGGAGGUGGUUCUUGCCUACAGAGGAAAGAAGAGGAGUGAAGCUCCUCCUCAUAUAUUCUCCAUCUCUGACAAUGCCUACCAGUACAUGCUGUCAGACCGUGAAAACCAGUCAAUUCUGAUCACUGGAGAAUCUGGUGCAGGAAAGACUGUCAACACAAAGAGAGUUAUCCAGUAUUUUGCAAGUAUUGCAGCUGGAACUGUAAAGAAAGAAGCCAUAGCCAAAGACAAGGGAACCUUGGAGGAUCAAAUCAUUCAGGCUAACCCUGCUCUGGAGGCCUUUGGUAACGCCAAGACCAUCAGGAAUGACAACUCCUCCAGAUUUGGGAAAUUCAUUCGAAUUCAUUUUGACACCAGAGGAAAAGUGGCUUCUGCUGAUAUUGAAACUUAUCUUUUAGAGAAGUCUCGAGUGACCUUCCAGCUCAGGGCUGAGAGAGAUUACCACAUUUUCUACCAGAUUCUGUCUAAUCAGAAGCCUGAAAUCCUGGAGAUGCUGCUGAUAACAAAUAAUCCUUAUGACUACGCCUUCAUCUCUCAGGGGGAAACCCAAGUGGCCUCCAUAGAUGAUGCAGAAGAACUGAUGGCAACAGAUAGUGCCUUCGAUGUGUUGGGCUUUACUCAGGAGGAAAAGAACUCUGUGUACAAGCUGACUGGUGCAAUCAUGCAUUAUGGCAACAUGAAGUUCAAGCAGAAGCAGCGGGAGGAGCAGGCAGAGGCAGAUGGCACUGAAGAUGCUGACAAAGCAGCUUAUCUGAUGGGCCUGAACUCUGCUGACCUCAUCAAAGGUCUCUGUCACCCAAGAGUCAAAGUAGGAAACGAGUGGGUCACCAAGGGACAAAAUGUCGCCCAGGUAAACUAUGCUGUUGGAGCUCUAUCAAAAGCUGUGUAUGAAAAGAUGUUCCUGUGGAUGGUAAUGAGAAUCAACCAGUCACUGGAGACCAAACAGCCUCGCCAGUACUUCAUUGGUGUGCUGGACAUCGCUGGAUUUGAGAUCUUUGAUUUCAACACCUUUGAGCAGAUGUGCAUCAACUUCACAAAUGAAAAACUGCAACAGUUUUUCAACCAUCACAUGUUUGUGCUGGAGCAGGAAGAGUACAAGAAAGAGGGCAUUGAAUGGACUUUCAUUGAUUUUGGUAUGGAUCUGCAGGCCUGUAUUGAUCUAAUUGAAAAGCCUAUGGGUAUUAUGUCCAUCCUUGAAGAGGAGUGCAUGUUUCCCAAAGCCUCUGAUGCCACCUUUAAAGCUAAGCUCUAUGACAACCAUCUGGGCAAAUCCAACAACUUCCAGAAACCCAGAAUUGUCAAAGGAAAACCAGAGGCCCAUUUUGCCCUGGUUCACUAUGCUGGAACUGUUGAUUAUAAUAUCAACAACUGGCUGGUGAAGAACAAAGAUCCUCUAAAUGAGACUGUUGUUGGACUGUACCAGAAGUCUAACCUCAAGCUGCUAGCUAUACUCUUUGCGAACUAUGCUGGAGCUGAUUCAGCAAUGGCUGAAGGCACAGAAGGUAAAAAAGAGAAGAAGAAGAAAGGAUCAUCCUUUCAGACAGUGUCUGCUCUCCAUAGGGAGAACCUGAACAAGCUGAUGACCAACUUGAGGUCAACUCACCCUCACUUUGUGCGCUGCAUCAUCCCCAAUGAGACCAAGACUCCUGGGGCCAUGGAGAACCCUCUGGUGAUGCACCAGCUGCGCUGUAACGGUGUGCUGGAAGGCAUCAGGAUCUGCAGAAAGGGCUUCCCCAACAGGAUCCUCUAUGGAGACUUCAAGCAGAGAUAUCGCAUCCUGAAUCCUGCUGCCAUCCCUGAGGGACAGUUUAUUGACAGCAGGAAGGGAGCUGAAAAACUUCUUGCUUCCCUGGACAUUGAUCAUAACCAGUACAAGUUUGGACACACCAAGGUCUUUUUCAAGGCUGGAUUGCUGGGUCUGCUUGAAGAGAUGAGAGAUGAGCGUCUCUCCAAAAUCAUCACAGCUAUUCAAGCCAGGUCUCGUGGCCUUUUGUCUCGUAUUGAGUAUCAAAAGAUGGUGGAACGCAGAGAUGCUUUAUUAGUGAUCCAGUGGAACAUCCGUGCCUUCAUGGGGGUCAAGAAUUGGCCCUGGAUGAAGCUGUACUUCAAGAUCAAACCUUUGCUGAGAUCUGCUGAGGCAGAGAAGGAGAUGGCCAACAUGAAGGAAGAAUUCCUGAAACUGAAGGAAGCCUAUGCGAAAUCUGAAGCCCGUAGAAAGGAACUGGAAGAGAAAAUGGUCACUCUUCUCCAAGAGAAGAACGACCUGCAGCUUCAAGUCCAGACUGAGCAAGACAAUCUUUGUGAUGCAGAGGAGAGAUGCGAGGGGCUCAUCAAGAGCAAGAUUCAGCUGGAGGCAAAAAUCAAAGAGCUGACUGAAAGGCUGGAGGAUGAGGAGGAGAUGAAUGCUGAACUAACAGCAAAGAAGAGGAAGCUGGAGGAUGAAUGCUCUGAGCUGAAGAAGGACAUUGAUGACCUUGAACUGACUCUGGCUAAAGUGGAGAAAGAAAAGCACGCCACUGAGAACAAGGUAAAGAACAUGACGGAGGAGAUGGCUGCUUUGGAUGAAAUCAUUGCCAAGCUGACCAAGGAAAAGAAAGCUUUACAGGAAGCUCAUCAGCAAACCCUGGAUGACCUGCAGAGUGAAGAAGACAAAGUCAACACUCUGACCAAGGCCAAGGCCAAGCUGGAGCAGCAAGUUGAUGAUCUUGAAGGAUCUCUUGAGCAAGAGAAGAAGGUUCGAAUGGACCUUGAGAGAGCAAAGAGGAAACUGGAGGGAGACUUAAAGUUGACCCAGGAGUGCGUCAUGGAUCUGGAGAAUGACAAGCAACAGCUGGAGGAACGCAUGAAAAAGAAAGAGUUUGAGAUGAGCCAGAUGAACAGCAGAAUUGAAGAUGAGCAGGCCAUUGUCGCUCAACUCCAGAAGAAGCUGAAAGAGCUGCAGGCUCGUGUAGAAGAGCUGGAGGAAGAGCUUGAAGCAGAGCGAGCUGCCCGGGCCAAGGUGGAGAAGCAGAGAGCAGACUUGGCCAGAGAGCUGGAAGAGAUCAGUGAGAGGCUGGAGGAGGCUGGUGGAGCCACAGCUGCCCAGAUCGAGAUGAACAAGAAGAGGGAGGCCGAGUUCCAGAAACUCCGCAGAGACCUCGAAGAGGCCACUCUGCACCACGAGGCCACCGCUGCCACCCUGAGGAAGAAGCAAGCCGACAGCGUUGCUGACCUGGGAGAGCAGAUUGACAACCUGCAGAGAGUCAAGCAGAAACUGGAGAAGGAGAAGAGUGAGCUCAGACUAGAGCUCGAUGAUGUGGCUUCUAGUAUGGAACAAAUAGUUAAGUCAAAGAAUAUGUUGGAGAAGACAUGCAGAACUUUUGAGGAUCAAAUGAAUGAAUACAGAAAUAAAUGUGAUGAAUACCAAAGAUCCCUCAAUGACUUCACCACCCAAAAAGCCAAACUCCAAGCUGAGAAUGAUGAGCUUUCAAGACAGAUGGAGGAGAAAGAGUCUCUUGUUUCUCAGCUGACCAGAGGAAAGAAUUCCUACAAUCAACAACUUGAAGAUUUAAAAAGACAACUGGAAGAGGAAGUAAAGGCCAAGAAUGCAUUAGCCCAUGCUGUGCAGUCUUCUCGUCAUGACUGUGACCUGCUCAGGGAGCAGUAUGAGGAGGAGCAGGAGGCCAAAGCUGAACUGCAGCGUGGCAUGUCCAAGGCCAACUCUGAGGUGGCUCAGUGGAGAACCAAGUAUGAAACUGAUGCCAUCCAGAGAACUGAGGAACUGGAGGAAGCAAAAAAGAAGCUGGCUCAGCGUCUGCAGGAUGCUGAGGAGGCUGUUGAAGCUGUGAAUGCUAAAUGUUCCUCCCUGGAGAAGACCAAACACAGGCUGCAGAAUGAGAUUGAAGAUCUCAUGGUGGAUGUGGAGAGAUCAAAUGCUGCUGCUGCUGCUCUGGACAAGAAGCAAAGAAACUUUGACAAAGUCCUGUCUGAGUGGAAGCAGAAGUAUGAAGAGUCUCAGUGUGAGCUGGAGAGCUCCCAGAAGGAAGCCAGGUCUCUGAGCACUGAGCUCUUCAAACUGAAAAACUCCUAUGAGGAAGCUCUGGACCAUCUAGAGACCAUGAAGAGAGAGAAUAAGAACUUACAAGAGGAAAUUUCUGACCUCACUGAGCAACUUAGUGAGGGUGGGAAAACCAUUCAUGAACUGGAAAAGGUCCGAAAGCAGCUGGAGCAAGAAAAGGGUGAGAUUCAGUCUGCUUUGGAGGAGGCAGAGGCUUCUCUUGAGCACGAGGAGGGCAAGAUUUUAAGAGCCCAGCUGGAAUUCAAUCAAGUUAAGGCUGAAAUCGAGCGUAAAUUGGCUGAGAAGGAUGAAGAGAUGGAGCAGAGCAAGAGGAACUUGCAGAGGACAAUCGACACCCUGCAGAGCUCUCUUGAAGCCGAGUGUCGCAGCAGGAAUGAAGCGCUUCGUUUGAAAAAGAAGAUGGAGGGAGACCUCAAUGAGAUGGAGAUCCAACUCAGCCAAGCCAACAGGCAGGCAUCUGAGGCCCAGAAACAGCUGAAGUCUGUUCAUGCACAUCUGAAGGAUUGCCAAAUUCAGCUGGAUGAGUCUGUUCGGGCUAAUGAUGAUCUCAAAGAGAACAUAGCCAUUGUUGAGAGACGCAACAACCUGCUUCAGGCUGAACUGGAGGAGCUGAGGAUUGCUCUGGAGCAAACCGAGCGCAGCCGUAAACUUGCAGAGCAAGAGCUGCUGGAUGUUAGUGAGAGGGUACAGCUACUGCACUCACAGAACACUGGGCUGAUAAACCAGAAGAAGAAGCUGGAGGGGGAUGCAUCCCAGCUUCAAAGUGAGGUGGAGGAGGCAGUGCAGGAAUGUAGAAAUGCUGAAGAGAAGGCCAAGAAGGCCAUCACUGAUGCUGCCAUGAUGGCAGAGGAGCUGAAGAAAGAGCAGGACACCAGCGCUCACCUGGAGCGCAUGAAGAAGAACAUGGAGCAAACCAUCAAAGACCUGCAGCACCGUCUGGAUGAAGCUGAACAGAUCGCCAUGAAGGGAGGCAAGAAGCAGGUGCAGAAGCUCGAGGCCAGGGUGAGGGAGCUAGAAAAUGAGGUGGAAAUGGAGCAGAAGAAAAGCAGUGAUGCUGUGAAGGGUGUCCGUAAAUACGAGCGCCGCAUCAAGGAACUCACCUAUCAGACUGAGGAGGAUCGCAAGAACAUUGCCCGACUACAGGACCUGGUAGAUAAGCUGCAGCUGAAAGUCAAAGCCUACAAAAGAUCUUCAGAGGAGGCUGAGGAACAGGCUAAUGUUCAUCUCGGCAAGUUCCGCAAGCUGCAGCAUGAGCUGGACGAAGCUGAAGAGAGAGCUGACAUCGCUGAGACUCAGGUCAACAAGCUGCGAGCCAAGAGCCGCGAUGCUGGCUCCAAGCAGAAAGGGUUUGAUGAGGAAUGAAGCUUUGGAGCCUGCAGAAAUCCGUUUGUGUGCUGUGUACUGUAGAUCCCCUCAACAACUCUCUUCAUAACUUGUAGUGCUAAUAAAGUCCCAUUAAGAUGCUGCACAA